CGGUAGUCCUCUCUAUGAUUCAUACUUUACCGUAAACCAAUCAGUUACUGCAUACCACCGCCCUUUUUACGUGGUGGGCGGAUUGAUAUUAGUUUGGCCUGGUUGUCUGGGUGUGUGUAGUUCCGGCUGAAGCGGACAUUUUGUCAAUUGAGAGUGGAGGAUAGACACCAGAGUUGGGGAUUGGGGAUAGGGCUUUCUAGCCACAUUUUAUUUCCCCGGUUUGAUUUUGAAGUGCCGGAGUGAAUCAGCUUGUUAUACCGCUGCUAAACAGAGGGUGGAGAGUUGAAGUAAAGUUAAUUGUACUUUUGUUAACGUUGACAAGGCGUCUAGAAGAUUGUUAUUUAGUGUGAUAUACUCAAAACUCGACUGGCUAGCUAGCUCUGAUAAGCUAGCAGCAUUUAGCGACGUGAGCUUCUUCUUUGGUAAUUGACAUAAAGAAUGGCAUUGAAACGAAUUCACAAGGAGCUGAAUGACCUGGCCCGUGACCCGCCGGCGCAGUGUUCAGCUGGACCAGUGGGAGAUGACAUGUUUCACUGGCAAGCUACUAUCAUGGGGCCAAAUGACAGUCCAUAUCAGGGGGGUGUGUUUUUCUUGACAAUUCAUUUUCCCACAGACUACCCUUUUAAACCACCUAGGGUUGCGUUCACCACAAGAAUCUAUCACCCCAAUAUUAACAGUAAUGGCAGCAUCUGCCUGGAUAUUUUAAGAUCCCAGUGGUCGCCGGCAUUAACUAUCUCUAAAGUUCUUUUGUCCAUUUGUUCUCUCUUAUGUGAUCCAAACCCUGACGACCCCUUAGUGCCAGAGAUUGCACGCAUCUACAAAACAGAUAGCGAAAAGUAUAAUAGACUAGCAAGGGAAUGGACGGACAAGUAUGCAAUGCUGUAGGGUUGAGGUACAGCAGAAUAGCUCGGGAAUGGACUCAGAAGUACGCCAUGUGAUACCUGGUUCUAAUCAGGCCCCCGCCCAUUUUGUUUUGGCCCGCCUUACCUCUCACCCCCCCCCCCCCCCACCCCAAUUUACUUCCCUUAUGUGAUAUUCUUUAUAUUUUCAUUUUCCUCACACAAGAUGAAAAAGAUGGAAUUGCUAUUUUUAAGUCAACACGUGGGGAUGACCUUGCAAUCAGCACUUUCCCCCCCCCCCCUUUCCCCUUCAGUUUUUGUCGAAGACGCCCUACUACGGAACUGAGCUAUCCACGAAGCAUGUAUGUGUAUCUGGCCACAGCCACUUUUUAUGGAAACUUAAACAAACAAAAAAUGUAGAAAUCUUACAAAAGACGGCGGCAGCAAAAAAACAGAAAGAAACGCAGGAAGAAGAGAAAGUACUCCGACGCUUCCACAGCUGGGAUCUACACGAGGUGCAAUUCCUAUCCUGCGGCGCUCUUUCUCCUGUUGUCCUACCUGUUCCGUGUGGAAAAACCUCUGGGUUGGUGCUCCAGUAUUAUCAUUUCGUGAGCUUUCUACUUAAAAACAAACAAACAAACAAAGAAUCAUGAACGAUAAACUGAUCUGUGAAAGAAAAAACUAAAACAAAUCUCGCUCAUAACUGACUGUUUCUAAAGCAAACAAGAGCUGCUAAUCUUAUAAUAUCAGCAGUUAAGGAUAAGGAAAAAAAAGAUAUCUAUAUAUUUUAUGCAUGUAAAUUAAAAGUUAAAAGAAAAAAAAGAAAAA